GUCUACACUGCACAACCAACGUGAAGCGUUCCCCGCCUUCAGGGACACAAAAAACCGUUCAAACUCCAAGCAAUGAAUCCACUAAACGACAUCAUUUUCCUUUUCCAUCAUCCAUGCCUAUUCUCAAUCACUCCCAAACCAAAGACAAAUCAGAAAUUACACUUGAACAUCAAUUAAAAUGCACUUGAACAUCAAUUAAAAUGGUGCAUAGUGCCUACGAUUCCUUCGAGCUUCUCACCAAUUGUCCAUCCAAAAUCGAAUCAAUCGAAUCGUACGGAUCAAAGAUUCUCUUAGGAUGUACCGACGGUUCUCUCCUCAUUUACGCGCCGGAGUCGGAGCGAUCCGCGACGGUGCCGGAGGAGAUGCGGAAAGAGGCGUAUUCACUGGAGAGAAGCUUAAAAGGAUUCGCGAGGAGGCCCGUGGUUUCAAUGCAGGUGGUGGAAUCGAGGGAGCUUCUUCUCUCGCUUUCUGAAUCCAUCGCGUUUCAUAGGCUUCCUAACUUCGAAACAAUUGCCGUUAUCACCAAGGCGAAAGGCGCUAAUGCUUUCUGCUGGGACGAGCGUAGAGGCUUCCUGUGCUUCGCUAGGCAAAAACGCCUCUGUAUCUUCAGACACGACGAUGGUAGAGGAUUUGUGGAGGUGAAAGACUUUGGUGUUCCUGAUGUGGUGAAAUCAAUGAGUUGGUGUGGUGAGAAUAUAUGUUUGGGGAUUAGAAAAGAAUAUGUGAUUCUAAAUGCUACAAGUGGUGCAAUAUCUGAAGUUUUUACUUCUGGGAGGCUAGCACCACCUUUGGUAGUAUCUCUUCCUUCCGGAGAGCUCCUUCUGGGCAAGGAGAACAUUGGCGUAUUUGUGGACCAAAAUGGGAAACUUCGUCCAGAAGGUAGGAUUUGUUGGUCAGAGGCCCCAGCAGAAGUUGUAAUUCAGAAGCCAUAUGCUUUAGCCCUUCUACCCAGAUUUUUGGAGAUUCGAUCUCUACGAGGUCCAUAUCCAUUGAUACAAACAGUAGUUUUUCGAAAUGUACGCCAUCUUCGCCAGAGCAAUAAUUCAGUCAUUAUUGCUUUAGAAAAUUCUGUUCAUGGCCUCUUUCCUGUUCCUCUUGGAGCCCAGAUUGUCCAAUUAACAGCCGCUGGUAACUUUGAAGAAGCCUUGUCGUUGUGCAAGCUCCUCCCACCUGAAGAUUCAAAUCUUCGUGCUGCAAAGGAGGGUUCAAUUCAUAUAAGAUAUGCCCACUAUCUUUUUGACAACGGCAGCUAUGAGGAGUCAAUGGAACAUUUCCUAGCAUCUCAAGUAGAUAUAACUCAUGUGCUUUCUCUGUAUACAUCCAUUAUCCUUCCAAAGACAACUAUUGUUCAUGAUUCAGAUAAGCUGGACAUUUUUGGGGAUGCUUUGUAUCUCUCCAGAGGUUCUUCAGCUAUGUCUGAUGAUAUGGAACCAUCUCCCGCAUCUAAUAUGUCAGAAUCGGAUGACAAUUCAGAACUUGAAUCGAAAAAAAUGAGCUACAAUAUGCUUAUGGCUCUCAUAAAGUUUUUGCAGAAGAAAAGACAUGGUAUUAUUGAGAAGGCCACUGCAGAAGGAACUGAGGAGGUUGUUUUUGAUGCAGUCGGUAAUAAUUUUGCAACCUAUAACAGUAAUAGGUUUAAGAAAAUAAACAAGGGGCGUGGUAGUAUACCUAUUAGUUCGGGAGCUCGGGAAAUGGCUUCAAUAUUGGAUACUGCUCUACUCCAAGCAUUGCUGCUAACUGGACAACCGUCUUUGGCUGAAAAUAUAUUGAGAGGGCUUAACUACUGUGAUAUGAAAAUAUGUGAAGAGAUACUUCAAGAAGGCAACUAUCAUGUUGCUUUGGUAGAACUUUACAAGUGCAACUCAAUGCACCGGGAGGCCCUUGAACUUAUUAACAAAUUGGUGAAAGAGUCUAGCCAGUCUAAGAUUGCACACAGAUUCAAGCCUGAGGCCAUCAUCGAGUACCUCAAGCCACUUUGUGAAACAGAACCCAUACUUGUACUAGACUACUCCAUGCUUGUUCUUGAAAGCUGCCCAACCCAAACUAUGGAGCUCUUUUUGUCUGGAAAUAUUCCAGCAGAUAUGGUCAACUUAUAUUUGAAGCAACAUGCUCCAAACUUGCAAGCCAUGUACUUGGAGCUCAUGCUUGCAGCAAAUGAGAAUGCCAUAUCUGGGACUUUGCAAAAUGAAAUGGUACAUAUCUAUCUUUCUGAAGUACUUGAUUGGCAUGCUGAUUUAAGUUCUCAACGGAAAUGGGAUGAGAAAGUUUAUUCCCCCAAAAGAAAAAAGUUAUUGUCUGCCUUAGAGACUAUGUCAGGAUAUAAUCCAGAGACUCUGCUGAAACUUCUUCCAUCGGAUGCUUUAUACGAAGAGCGGGCUAUAUUGUUGGGAAAAAUGAACCAACAUGAACUAGCAUUAGCUUUGUAUGUUCAUAAGCUUCAUGUUCAAGAACUGGCAUUGACAUAUUGUGAUCAUCUGUAUGAAUCUACUCAUCAGCAUUCUGUAAAAUCUCCCAGCAACAUAUACCUAAUGCUUCUGCAAAUCUAUUUGAAUCCACGGAGGACAACUGAUAACUAUGAAAAGAGAAUUUCAAAUCUAUUAUCCCCUCAGAAUAAACCCAUUAGAAUGGUUAGUUCUAAAUCAUUAUUAAGAACUAGAAGCCGAGGAUCAAAGAAAAUUGCUGCAAUAGAGUUUGCAGAGGACACAAGAGCUGGUCUGAGUAGCGACAGUGGUAGGAGUGAUGCUGACACUGAUGAAUUUACUGAGGAAGGAAGUACUUCUAUCAUGCUUGAUGAGGCCCUCGAUUUGUUGAGCCGCAGAUGGGAUAGAAUCAAUGGAGCCGAGGCCCUGAAACUCCUACCAAAAGAGACCAAACUGCAGAACUUGCUUCCAUUUCUUGGACCCCUUGUGAGGAAAUAUAGUGAAAUGUAUCGUAAUUGCUCGGUUGUCAGGAACUUGAGACAGAGUGAGAACCUUCAGGUAAUGCAAUCUAGGAAACAGAGAGCCACAUGCUCUUCAUAUUCAGAUGCUUCUAGUUUGUUACCAUGUGUACGUAUCUACCACGAUUCAAUUUGUUGUGCACAGGUGAAAGAUGAAUUCUACAAAAAGAGAAAAACGGCUGUGAAGAUUAGUGGUGAUAACAUGUGCUCCUUGUGCCAUAAGAAAAUAGGGACUAGUGUUUUUGCAGUCUAUCCGAAUGGGAAAACUCUAGUGCAUUUUGUCUGUUUCAGAGAUUCUCAAAGUAUGAAAGCUGUUGCGAAAGGGACUCCAUUGAAAAAGGCAUUUUGAAAUGGAUAUUAAAAAGUUAUACAAUUUGGGGGUUGUGAGCAUUGCCUUAUCAAUGGUAGGUUGGUGAAUUGUGGUGAAAGUGGCCGUGUAAUAUAUUCUUUGUAGAUCGGCUUGAAAUAGUUUGUAGGCUAUCACUGUGAAAGGCGUGAUAUGUUUCUUUCAUUUUUUUUCUUGUAAUAAUGUAAAUAUUGGUUUGUUGUUUUGAGUAAAUUUAAGCAUUGAAAAGGUUUAGCUA